UUCAUUUCUCAACCACCGUACAUAUUUUUUUCAUUUUGCUCUCUUUAUUAUCAUUCUUUUUCUCAAGUAAGAGACUUGAAUAAAAGUUACCAAAUCCAACGAAUUCGACAUUGGUUUUCACCAACAAAUCCGACAUUGAUUGUUCAUUGUUGCAAUACAGUAAAGAUUGAAUCAUGAAGAAAGAAGAAAUGGUAUUAAGAUUUAUGUCCCCUGCUAUUUCAAUAAAAGAAAUUGGACUCGGAGUUCAGGAAGAACGAUCCAUCGAACAGGAAGUAUAAACUACGGUUGAGGUACGAAGAAGAUCAGGAGAUGCCUUAGAGUGAGGAUGCAACCAUCAAAUUCACGAUCGAUGCUUAAUAAAGAUAAUCAUGUAUCACUAGUAAUAAUUGAUGAACAAAUUAAACUCUAAGUCAAAUUUUAAUUAUUGAGUUGGAUUUUAAUAUUUAUGUUUAAUCAAGGAUAGGAAUAUUAAUUAAAUUUCAUUUAGAUUUCGAUGUAAAUAUUAAAGAAUUAAUCGAAGUGAAGUAUAAUUACUGUUACUCAUCAGUAGUCAGUAAAUGUAAAAAGGUUAUGUCGCCUUGUAUUUCCCACGAGGGAAAUACGGCAUGUGACGCUCCGACUAAAUUAGGGUUUCCGCUGCUAAUUAAAGAUAAUUAACCUAAUUAAUGGUGUUUAGAAGUCGGGGUGUUACAGUUUGGUAUUCAGAGCCAAGGUUCUGGACCAUAAGUGCUAAAACUUACGGGUUUUGCACGUAAUAAAAUUCAAUAGGUUUUUAGCGAAGAGUUUCAAGAAAUAAGUUAAAAAGAAUAUGUUAAAAUCAUGCUAAGUUAAAAUGAAAUGAGUGUGAGUGAUAGGAACGGGGAACGCAACGGGAAUGUUUUCUUUAUUACGAUUUGCAGAAUUUCUUAGUCUAAUUUCAAGAAGAAAAGAUUAUCUGAAGCGUUGUAUCCUUGCGAUCAGAUCGGCGAUGACUUCAAGCGGAAAUAUUCCUAUUGACGGCACUACAAACGAUAACGAUGUUAACGAUGGCAAUGGUAAUCACAAAUCUGCAUUAGCGCUGGAAGGAAUGCAAGAAAGAAUUGAAGAAUUGCGCAAGGAUCCCAUUUUCGGGGACACUCCAGGAGAAAUGAGUGAUAAUCGAAUGGACUUAAUGAGAUUGAUAAUGUCGGAACUUCUGCAAGGAAAUCGUCAAAAGCCAAGGUCAGAGCAAGAAGAAUGCUCCAACAUGUUCAAGAAGUUCGCUUCUCAUAAACCCCCUACUUAUGAUGGCAAACCAGACCCUACUGAAUUUGAAGAAUGGAUUAGCGAUAUGGAGAAGUUAUUUGAUGCAACUCAAUGCCCCGAGAAAUGGAAGGUCAACUACGCCGUCUUUUACUUGAAAGGACAAGCCAACCUGUGGUGGAAAAGUGUUAAAGGAAUCCAAAAUGAGCCUGGUUUUGGUUGGGAAAAGCUGACGGAAGCUAUGCGGGAACAAUUUUAUCCCUAUUCUCUGCAAAUGCAAAUGGAAUCGGAAUUUAUCAAAUUGAGUCAAGGAAAGAAGAAUGUUCUGGAAUAUGAAGUGAAAUUCAAUGAGCUUGCUCGAUUUGCCCCUGACCUGGUGACUACUGAUAGGCAAAGGAUGAAUCGAUUUGAAGGAGGAUUAAACAUUGAGAUCCGUGAUCGUCUUUCGAGUUCUAGAAUUUCCACUUUCCAAGAGUUGUACGAUCGAGCAAUUAACGUCGAGAGAAUUAUCAAGCUUCGAGAAGAAACAUAUGGAAAACGAAAAGGGAGCUUCGAAGAAAAUCAACCGAACAAUAAGAUACAAAAUGUCAAUGUCUGCUCUCAAGGAGGGAAUAACGGAAACCAAAACUUCAACAAGAAUCGUGGAUGCGCCAAGUGUGGAAGAUGGAACCAUACGGAGAAAGAAUGUCGAAUUGGUACGCGAGAUUGCUUCAAAUGUGGUAGCAAAGAUCAUAAAAUCAGAGAUUGUCCUCAAAUACAUUGAGAGCAAGGUGAUAGGAGAAAUGAUGAAAACAAAGGAAAUGGUGGCACUACAAAUUUCAACCGUAAUCCCCCACGUGGACCAACUUCAAAUGGAAGAGUGUUUUUAAUGAAUGGAAAAGACGAUGAUGCAAAUGACAAUGACGACUUCGCUAGUAUGGAAUGAAGAAUGAAGCAUAAUGACCUUUUAAAAUCGUGCGAUCGAACAUCUAGAAUAUUUUAGAAUAAAUGAUGGAAAUUUUGAAAGUAAUAUGCGCUAAUCGAGUAUCUAACUAAGAUGUAUUACCAUAAUUAGUUAUAUGAAUGUUAUGCUUAUGUAUGAAAUUUUCAAUUAAAGAAUUAUGUGUUUAAGAUAUGCUUUAUGGAUUAUGUUUAUGCUGACAUGAUUGUAUUGGUAAUAACUAAUCGUUACGUAUGAAAGUCGUCUUUGAUGGAAGUUCUCCUGAGCUCAGAGUACGAGAUUAUUAUAACAAAUGACUUCUACAAAUUAUUUGACUAUUAUAAUUGUUAGGUAAAUAUUUAUUGUCAUUAUAUCUAUCUUCAGAAAUUAAAAACAUUACUACUUUUGGUAAAAAAUAUUUUCAAACGGGAUCUCACAAAGAAAAAUGGGAGCCUAGUCUACGUUAACAAGUUUGCCCUUUUUUUUUAUGUUCUUUGCUCCUCGAUCCUAUUUUAUGAAGUAAAGUAGAGAUACAAAAGACGAUGGCGGAAUAUAAUUGACCUUAAUGACGAUUAAGAUCAACAUAUAAUUUUGCCCCUUUUGUAUUCUUUACUCUUCGAUUCUAGGUCUCGAGUUGAAGUGGAGUCAUUAAAGAAGAUGGCGAAAUGAAGGCUAGACAAUGUCGGAAUUGGAAUGAAAUUGUGAGAUCUUGGUUUUAAAAUAAAAUAUCGUACUUUUAUUCAAAUGUUUUCGACUUUCAACAAUCAAUUCAAGUUUCGAGGACGAAACUUUUUCUAAGGGGGUAAGAAUGUAAUACCCCGAAAUUUUUAAACUCGAUUUAUUAAAAUUAAUAAUAUUUUAUUAACGUAAUUUCGUUUUAAUUAUUAGAAAUAAUUUAAAAAUUUCGUUAUUUUAAACGUUUUUACGAUUUAUUUUAAACGAUAAAUUUAUAAACGAAAAUUUAUUUAUUUUUCGUUAACGAUAUAUUUUACGAGACUUUGUUUUAAUUAAACAUUUUCUAUUUUAAGUAAUUUCAGAAAAUAGAAACAGAAUUUCUGAAUUUUAGUCAACCAUGUAAAAUUACAAAAAUGCCCUUAGAAAAUCAAAAAUUCCAUUUUUCCUCUUCCCUUUGCUCUCCACGUACAUUGCAAGAAUGAAGAAAAUUCUUCAUUCCUAUCCUUCCCCAAUUCAGUCUUGACUCAUGCCUUGCUCCUCAAGGAUUUCAGCUUCUCUUUCACUCUACUUGACUAUACAAAUCAAUCCUAAUUCCAAUUGAAUUUUCAACAUCAAAAAUCAGAGAAAUUCAAACCAAUUUUUACUCCCUUUUGCUCCUGCUCCGUGCGAACCACCACCACCCUCAGUGGCUGUUGCCACUGAAACCACCACCAAUCGCCAGCUCCUCCACCAUCUCAACACCAUCGCACCACCAUCAUCCCUCACCUCUCCUGCUCUUCUCCUCCCACGCACUCCCCUGCCCCGCUCUGUCUUUUCCCUUUUUCGGCACCACCAACGUCGCGCCACCACUCCUAACCUCCCCCACCACCUUGCAAAUCAACUCCCGCCCCCACAUACUUCGGCGAGAGGCCGCCCAGGACCGCCCUAGAACACUCCCAAACUCCCCUGAUUUCUCCCUUGUUCGCGCCCCUCUCCCCCUUCCCUCGCCUGUUUCUGCCGCCUCAAACCACCAUCACCGUCGCCUCUCGGCGCGAUUUCACCGCCCAGGCUGAGCCCCCAGCCUCCCUCCUCUUUUCCUCCUCCCCGUGUUCCUCCUGUUCGUGCCCCUGCUUCGUUCGUGCCCUGCUCCCCUUGCUGCUCAAUUUCAGAAACUUUGUUUCUGAAAUUGAAACCUCUUUUAUUCCUCCUUAUUUAAGUUGGGCCAAUCAAUUGGGCUUUGGGUAAGAUAAACCUGAAUUUCAGAUUAUCAAUUCCUUAAUAUUCAUGUUUUAAUAAAUUUUAUGAUAUAAUUAUUUACUAAUGAAUUGUUAUUAUUUUCAGGAAAUAAAUAAAUUUGAUUAUCGAGUUUAAGAAAAAUAAAUUACCGUACUAAAUUUAUCAAGGACAUAAUUAAAUAAAUCUUGUGUAAUUGAUUUAGAAUUUAUAUAUACUUCGAUUGAAAUUUCCAUAAAUUAUAUAUAUUACUAAAAUUGGUGUUUAAUUAUAUUUUCAUUAAAACUAUGAAUUUAUAUAUUUCUAACUUUAUUUUUAGAAAAUUCGUUAUUUAUAAUAAUUCGAAAUUUCUAAGUUAAAUUAUUACCGUAUUAAUAACUAAUUCAAUUAUUUAAUA